UUGUCGCGCAGCAGGCGGUCGGUGGCGGUAAGCUUGGCGGCCAGCUCGUGCUGCAGCGCGGCGGCCAGCGGCUCAAGCGCGCGCGCCGCACCUGCGCCCGCCGCCGCCGCCGCGCGUGCGCCCGCCGCUUCUCCCACACGUGCCACGCGCUCCCACCUGCCGGCAACCGGCCUUUAUAACACGCGCUACAAACCGCGCCACAACCCGCGCUACAACCCGCACCACAACCCGCGCUGCAAUGUACUACAACCCGCGCCGCAAUCCGCGUUACAGUCUGCCACCACUACCACCCACGUUACAACGCGCAGUACAGCACGCGCUACAGUCCAGUUCGCGCUAUAA